AGAGUUAAUCAUGUGAAAAAAGUUAAUAGACGGUGUACAACAGAGGUAAUUAAAAUGACAACUAAAUCAAUUUGGACUUAUUUAAAGGCUAAAAGAUGAUGUGAGAUGAGUCGUAAAAAUCCCCAACGAUACAAUCGCCGAGUUUCUGAGGAUGUGGCCUCCCUAGAUUCGUGGAGCGAAAUAACCGAUGAAAUAACGGAUGUGUCGACUCGAAAUGACAGAAGAGCAUCACGCGUCGACACUCCUGUGGUGGUAAAGGAGAAAAAGAAUUCCUCAAAUCAGCUACUUUUAAAUCCAUCAAAUUUAUUGUCAAAAUCUGCGGUACGUAAUCCUACCUCAAGUAAAGAUAAGGGUCAGGAACUGCGUGAGAAAAGCCACCACACUGGACUCCCCGCGGAUCACCCACCAGUGUCUGGGAAAAGUGCUUCAGGGACACUUGUUGGUGUACAGUUUGACAUAAAUACUAGUGACCCAUUUGAUAUUGACGAUGGAUCAUUUGAUCACAUAAGCAAUGUGUACUUGUCUUUACCAGAAGACCACACUUCCUAUCUAAGGGAGUCGUAUUCCACGGUUAGUGCCUUGGAAAAUAAUUUAGAGUAUGAUGACCGCAGUGACUUUCAUAGCUUACCUGAUUUGACUGCAGUCACUUCAAAGACAAGGACAUAUCCACCGCAUUAUGUACAUCCGAAAGUAUAUUCUGAACAUGGUGAAACGUCGGAAAAAGUUAAAAACAAACUUAUGUCCAUGUGGAAUAAUGUGAAAUAUGGAUGGACAUUAAAGACAAAGACAACUUUUAGAUUUGACAGCCCAGUCUGGCUCUUGGGAAAAUUCUAUCAUAUAAAGCCUAGUGAUCUCUUAGAUGAUGACAAUCAAAGAGGAAAGAGAACAAGAAUGGUCCCAAACCUUGAGCGAUUCAAACAGGAUUUCUCCAGUCUCCUUUGGUUCACCUACAGACAAGACUUCCACCCCAUCCCAGGCACCAAAUUAACGUCAGAUUGUGGUUGGGGAUGUAUGUUAAGAAGUGGCCAGAUGAUGCUUGCCAAAGCCUUUAUCAUACACUACUUGGGAAGAGAUUGGAAUGUGUUCAGUGAUCAAACGAGGGAACAGGAGACAUACAGAAAACAGAUUAUCCGCUGGUUUGGAGACUAUUUGUGUGACGAGUCUCCGUUCUCCAUGCAUCGUUUAGUUGAGGUGGGGAAAACACUGGGGAAGCAGCCUGGAGAGUGGUUUGGUCCAGCCUCAGUUGCUCACAUACUCAAGGAAACAAUGAUAAAAGGACAAAGAACACAGACAGUACUCAAUGAUCUCUGCAUUUAUGUCUCUCAGGAUUGCACAGUGUAUAAGCAGGAUGUAUAUGACCUCUGUUGUACAAGGUCAAGGACAGCUACUAAGUUUACCAGUUCCUCAGAGUCAGAAUCCGAAUCUAAUCCAGGCACUUCAGACCUUGAAUGGAAGCGAGCAGUUAUAAUCCUUAUUCCAGUCAGGCUUGGAGGAGAACAGCUUAAUCCAGUAUACAUCCCUUGUGUGAAGGGUCUGCUUUCUCAGGAUUCUUGUAUCGGGAUUAUUGGUGGGAAACCCAAACAUUCACUCUACUUUGUUGGGUGGCAAGAGAACAAGUUGAUAUAUCUAGACCCACAUUACUGCCAAGAUGUAGUUGACACAAGGGAGAGGCAAUUCCCAAUUCAGUCAUAUCACUGCAUGUCCCCAAGGAAAGUAUCGAUAGAGAAGAUAGACCCUAGCUGUACCAUUGGUUUCUACUGCAGAGAUCAAAAGGAAUUUGAGAAGUUUGUACAACAGACAGAGGAGAUGGUGGCACCACCUAAGCAGAGACUGUCAUACCCAAUGUUUGUCUUCAGUGAAGGCCACAGUUACGACGUUCAGGUAGACACGGCAGAGAACGACAGGUUACUGAGGGUAAAGCAUGUCCACAUGGACCAGAACGGACGAGUGCGAUCACAGACACUGGACUCAGAGGAAUUUGUUGUAAAAAUGGUCCGAAUCACAGAAGAUCUUGUGCGCAAACGAGCAGAACAUAAUAAUUUAGAAAUCUCAACAUUGGAAGAGGUGUCUCUACAUCAACAAGACAUAGAAAAGAUUGAAAACUUGGACAAAUGGUGCAGAGACCUUAAAAUUUUAUAUUUGCAAAGCAACUUGAUCCCUAAAAUUGAAAAUGUGAGUCGUCUCAAGAAACUGGAGUAUUUAAAUCUAGCUUUAAAUAAUGUUGAAAAGAUCGAAAACUUAGAGAACUGUGAAAUGCUGAAGAAAUUGGACCUAACAGUGAACUUUGUUGGUGAAUUGACCAGUAUAGAAAAUCUCAAAGAUCUAGUGCAUUUCAAAGAAUUAUAUUUAACAGGAAAUCCAUGUACAGAGUAUGAAGGUUACAGAGAAUAUGUCAUAGCAACAUUACCCAGACUGCAGCAUCUUGAUGGAAAAGCAGUAGAAAAGUCAGAGAGAAUAAAAGCAAUGCAGAAUGUUGGACUAUUAAGAGGAUACAUUGUAGAACAACAAAACAGACACAAGAAAAAACGAUUAAAAGAAAAGGAAGAGAUGAAAAGACAUGAGGAAUCAAAACAAAAACCAAAACUUGAGUUAAAUGUAACUAAAGAGCAAUUUCCAAAGGCACACUGGUAUACAAAUAUUGAGGGUGAUCAAAAAACAUCAGAGGAGGUAGGGAAUGACACUAAAUCUGGGUCACAUGAUGAAAGUGAGGAGGAGGAUGAAGAAGCAUUAGCAGAAAAGGACAAAAAAUUUUGGGAGGAGGAAGUUCCCUUUACACCCGAGUCACGAGUGGCCGUCCAUGAACACAUGAAGAAACUCAAACAGAAGGAGGACCAAAAAAAUAAAGCCCCACCCAAACAACCAAGACGUCUCUUUGCUGAAGAUGGGAGACCACUCAAUGUGAAUGAGGCCAAAAUUGACUUCACACUUACUGAGGAUGACAGUGAGAACAACAUUUUACUGGAUGUAGCAUGCUUUAAACAUAUGGACACUUCUUUAAUUGAUUGUGAUGUUCAGCCAAAUUAUGUCAGAGUCACCCUAAAGGGAAAGGUAAAUUCUGUAGCUUUUAUUUAA